CGGCGACGUAGCCGCCAUCACUGGUCAUAAACCAACGACUGACGACUCUGACGGCGUAUCUUGGGUGUUGCUGGGUGUUGCUGGGCGUACAGACCCGUCCCUCGGAAAGGUCACGGCCCCGCUGGCCUCUCGCUGACCCCGGCCUGACCUAAGUAGGGUAGCUUCUCUGUCUGCUGCAGCUGUGGUGCUGCUAAAAGCCGGGAUAAUCCAAUCACACAGUCAUUAGUGCUGAGUAGGCCAGAGCCGGAACAGAUUCUGAAGAUGAAAGUGAUUUGUCCUCUGAAGAUGAGGAAGAUAUUCAGUAUGAAAUCCUGGAAAACCAGAGGGAUGAAGCCAAUCAGAGGCUGGCUGAACUGGAGGAAGUUUCCAAUCAGCUCCUGAAAGAAAUGAACGUGUUGGAGAUGCAGUUCCAGAUUGAACGUGCUUGCAGAGAGAAUGCAGAAGUACUGGCUCUCAAGGUGAGUAAAGAGAACAAAGUUCUGAAAAGGAAGAGCCAGAUGCUGAUGCCGCUGAUCCAAGAGCUGCCAGAAAACCUUGAUCUUGUAACGCUUGAUGAAGAAACUAAUGACGCAGUUGAUGGUGAUGUGGCUGAUCUCGGCGAGGUCAACAAUGAAGAGACAAUGCUACUCGAGAGUCAAGCAAAGAUCACAGCGCUGCAGGCUUCGGUGGACGGUUUACUGGCUCAGAACCUGCAGCUGGAGCAACAGGUGGAGGAACUGAACUUGGUGCAGGUCCAGCUCAGAGAGCAGCUCGCUCUGGAGGUUGAAGAGAAAGAGGCCAUUCUGAGGAAGAUGAGCAAACAGAGCAAGACCAUGAAUAAAAUCAAACGAGUCUCCCAGCUCGUCUCAGAGGAGUUCACAGAAAUGUCUCAGAAGCUGGAGCUGGAGCAGGGCCUCCGGCAAUACGUUGAAGACUUUGCCCAGCAGAUGAUAGUGGAGCAGAAGGUGGCCCAAACACAGGACACGAUGGGGACGUGUAGCUCAGAGCCCGGGAUGCAGCUGCAGCUCCAGCAGGCACUGGAGCAAAUAUCCCACGUCAGCACGGCCCUGUGUGAUAUACAGCGCUACUACCAGGAGAGCAAGGGUGCUGUGGAGCAGAGCGGUGUCAUCUCUGAGCUGCAGAACCUAAAAGAGCAGCUGGAGAUUAGUGAGAGGGAGAGGAAGACUUUGGAAACCCAACUGUCUGAAGCUCAUAGACAUGCCACACAGCUGCAGGAAGAAGUCAAACAGUUGCAAGAAAUACCGAACCAGGAGCAUAAAACUGUUGAACUGAUGGGGGAAAAAUCUCUUCUUCCACCUCCACCUCCACCUCCACCUCCACCCCCGUCCACUCCUGCCGUUAAUUUACAAGAUUUCCUGAGGAGCAGGAGACAAACCUGCAUAAAUCCAGCUGACCAAACCAAGCCAGCACCCUUGUUGGACAUGAAGGCAAAGGCAGUGGAUGAAAUGAUGGAGAGAAUAAAGAAAGGCAUUUCCUUGAGGCCCAUCCAAAAAAUACAGGACGACGACAGCUCCUGGAAGGACCAGAGAAGUGAAAACAGAAAAUCUGCCGUCAUGGAGCUCAAAGUAAUACUGGGGAACAUGAAGCAUCAGAGUCACCGCAGAGUACCUUCUAGGAGGGGGAUCGGACGAAAUGUUGGCGAGUCAGAGCUCCUGCUGGUGCUGCAGAGGAGGAGGAAAGUGAUGGGAGAUAAUCAGGACUCAUUGUCCUCAACUCAAACACAGGACCCCCAGCCAGGAGAAAGAUGUGGCCCUGCAGCAGCUGAUGGUCCCUGGGCAGCCGAGAGCAGCAGCGCUCCCGUGCUCCGGAGGCUGAAACAGAACCGGGAGAAGAGAGACUCUCGCAUCAGAGCCUCGGCGCUGGUCGUCAGCCCUGAAGAUUCACACGUAAUACCCAACAUAUAAAAUGCUCAACCUCUCUGAUGUCUGGAAACCGCUGGCUAAUGAAAGUCCAAAUAAAAACAGUUCUGUUUUAUGUUUGUUUAAUCUCCUGCUGAGUACCAGACAGAAGGAGUUUCCGAAGGAAAAGCAUUUCUUUUAAGAGCCAUUUAAGCCCGGGUCUGCAAAAAGCAGAGGGCAGUGUUAGUCAUGGUACCUGAACUCUUAUUCGUGUCUAGUCGUGUUUUAUAUCCAGAAUCCUUUAUUUUAUUUUAUGUUUAUGGGUGAGGGGGUUCUUGGCUUUCAGCUGAUCUAAGUGCAGGAAAAAUAGGUGAAUAAAGCCUGAGCCCUUACAAAAAUCCUUUCUAUGAAUACCCUUGCCCACUCCUUUCCCUAUCUUCCUCUUAAAGCUCAUUCUAGGCUGCCUUGUGUUUAGGCACAUUAGAGCUGUCACACCAGGAGCCCAAAGGUGUUGCAGCGAUAAGAGCCUCAUGUGAUCUGAUGCUUCCCUCCUGAAAGUUCUUUAAAUGCUGCGGGUCGCCUUUUGUUUUCUCACCUCUGCAUGGGGAUUGCAUAUAUGUGUGCAUGCAUGAAUGAGUGCACGCACCUUUACACCACACCAUCAAUCUGCCUAUCUACCUUUGUUAAAAGCACUUGAAAAUAGGAUGAAAUUACUCUCACCUUUCGUUCUGACACCAUUUUAGUGUCUUCACACUGUUUCACAUUAUAUAUUUACUUUAUUUAGCGCUUUACCGAAAGGUGUGCCUUUUCACUCUCGGGCAUGCAUUUUUGAUUGUUUUCAUCCGUGAUCUCAAAGGUGUUAGCAUUUCAGCUAUAGUAAUAUAUGCUGCCCUUUCUUUAUUAUUGAACUCCUGCACAUGACUGUGAUUGUGUGUGUGUGUGUGUGUGUGUGUGUGUGUGUGUGUGUGUGUGUGUGUGUGUGUGUGUGUGUGUGUGUGUGUGUGUGUGUGUGUGUGUGUGUAUUUGUGUGAGAGAAAAAUAGAGGAAGUUGUGGAAAGGUCACUCUGUAAUCCAAAAAUCAAUAUUAGGAAGAACUUUUUAAUGACUCAUAUAUGGAUGGGAUCUGAAAGGCAUCAGUUCAUGUUUCUUUCCCUUUCUUAACAUUUUAUAACAAUGUUCCAUUAUUGAGGAUUAAAAGAAAAUGCAGAUUAAUGUUAAAGCCAUCAACAUGUCUCUUUUAUUGAGUGGUACAUUUUAUACAUUUGAUCUUUUAACUUUGAUAUUUGGUCUUAAUUUUUAAUGAUUUGAGCCAAAAAGUGUAUGUUGACCAAAGAUCUAAAUUGCUGACCUAAAAAGAAAGAACUUUUGCACUCUUCAAACGGUAUUCCUCCUGAGAAAUUAGACUUCAGCUCCACUAGUUCAGAUCUUUACUGGACGAGGCUGAUGAUGCUUACGGUGACUUGCUCCUUCUGGCUGAGUCGCAGCAAAGUUUUGCAGCGAGUUAUUGACUGGCUGUCUGGGAUUCGCUCCUUUAUAGACGCACGCAAGUAGAAAGAGCAGCACGUGGAAGAGUGCGAACUGUCAGACCGUGCAUGGAUUCUUCAUUUGAGAUUUCCACCGGGCCAAACUGAAUGAGCUCAGGUCUGAACAACACGGUGAACACCAAGGAAGAGAAGUUAUAGCAUUAUAGCAUUUUAAUCCAAAGUGGGCUUGAUAAGAAAAAAAGCCUCACAUGGGGUUCAUCAUAAACCCAGUUCUUCCCAGUGACUCUGACAGUGUCAGAUGACCUUUUAACAGCUCACUGUAAUCAAAACAAAGCAGACGACUGACUUGAUAGUAGAUUACUGACUGUGACUGCAGAUGUCCUUGUGAGCUGAACGUGAUCGGCACCCACAGACCCUAACACAUCUGGACUGCGUUUCCAGACACCAUUGUUGUCAACUGUGUUAGCACCUAACAUAGCUGGAAAGAUGCGAACACAAAGCAUCUGGCAACAGUGUGGUUUGGAUCGCCGAGGUUCAAACCAAACUUAUAGUAAAGCCGUUUUCAGUUUUCAGAAAACAGUCAUACUUUGGAUGUUUCAACACUGCAUCAUACUGCUAUUAGUUAAAUGCUAACUUCGGUCGUUGUAGGGCAAAUGCACUCCGAAUGAAUUUCAACCUCUUAUUUCUCUUUUGUUGUGUGGGUUGAUUAGGAUGAUUUAUGCACGCCCACAACUAACUCCGCCGGCCGGAGCUUCUGCCAUUUUUUCGUAGCGGUGUAUCGCGUAAUUCGCGUCAGGCAGCCAAUCAGAACAGUGUCUCAUUAUCAUAGCCUCCCCGCCCACUCAGAAUCCCACAUAGAGAAGGAGGUUAGAAACGGGGAAGAUAAAGACAUGGCUUAGAGACUGAAUUUCUCAUUUAUUUAGCAAAAACAAUCAAAAGCUUGUUUUUAAGACAUUCAAGGCCUGUUUAAAAUAGGUAUUAGAUGACAUAAUAGGUCCCCUUUAAAUUACAACCUGAGUUUAUCUGUGAUACACCAAGGUGUUUUAGGGUUAACAGCUCAGAUUCUGCAGUCUGUUGUAUGCCUUCUUUUAUAGUAACAAACCUUUUUUAUAUAUUUGAAAGUUGGCGUCGGGGCAGUCGUUUUCCAUUCUUUUUUCAGACUCAUGGACAACAGACCGACAGAGAGAGAGAGCAAACCAAUAAACCACACCCUAACCCUGAUAAAUCAUUAACUUCCUCAAUGAUUCUUAUUUUGAAUUCUGUAUUCAAGGCUCAUUUUGAGAUAUUUUUCUUGUAUUUCAUUGUCCUGACAAAAAAAAAAUCAAAAUGUAUAGACCAACUGUGUGUAAUUUUGAAUGUUUAAAAACAUUAAUAAAA